CGAGGGGGGCACCGUGUCCGCCAGGAGGUGUCCGCGGAGAGCGGCGUAGGAAACGGGGGCGGAGAGGGUGCCCGUGGGGAGUGAGGAGGGGGGCGGGUCUGUCCGGGUGUCCAAGGGAAGCCAGCAGGCCUAGAGCAGGAGUGGCGAGACAGUGCAGACGUGAAUUACUCGUCGGAGAGCCCCAGUGCUAGUGGUCCGUGGCUGUGACAAAGGACACCGAUGGGUACAGGACAGUGUUGACUCCGGACCCAAAGAGCAGGCUCUGCAGCACCAACAGUCUCCAGCUGUCAACGUGGGCACCCUCAGUUGUCCUCCCUGUAACCUCCCAGGCCACCAAGGAAAUCCAAGACUCCAGCAGGGACCUGCCAGCGUCAUUCAAUGAAGUGUGUUUUGCCAGGAUUCAUGCCAAGCUCCCUGGAAUACUGAGCUGCUGUUUGGGUCCUGGCCACUCCCAACCCUCCAGCGUGCUGCUGGCAGUGUGGAAUCGAUGUCCAGUUUGGGACACUGGGCAGAACCAGGCCUGUUACCAUCCUCUGUGCCCUUGUCAGACCAGGGGACCAGGUUGGCACUCCCACUCUGAGGGGGCUCUGUGUGAGUGAGGCACAGGUUUUGGCCUCUCUUGUUACUGUGGUGGGAAGAGCUGCACCUUCCUCCUCUCCCACUGGGAGCUGGGUCAGUGCUGGGAGCUAGGGAUGGUGCCAUGCAGACACACAGCUGUGGCUGGCACUCUAAUGGCAGAGCAGUAACAGAGUGCAAGUUCCCUCAUAGGGCUUGGUGCUGGCAGAGGAGCUGCCAGCAGCCCUGUGGCGCCUGCACUCCGGGCAUGUAGGUGCCAGGGGAGGAGCUGUGCCAGGAGGGAUGGGCCGGCUGGAUGACCGUGCCAAGAGGAGGAUUGUGGAGCUGCGCAGGGCCGGGCUGAGCUUCCGCAAGAUCAAGAAGGUGCUGGAGCUGGACGACAUCCGGGUGACGCCGCAGGCUGUCUACCUCUUCCUCAAGAGAAGGAGCGUGGAGCCGGGGCCAGCAGCGGCUGGCUGGGACAGCGACCAGCCCUGGCCCCCGCUGCAGGGGCACGCACCUGAGCCAUCCAAGGCAGUGCCCAGCACGGGGCCCACGGGCAGCCAGGUGCCCUGCCCUGCUGCCAGCCAAGACACCAAGAUGGGCAUCCAGAUCGUUAGCGUGGUCUCUCUCUGCCAGGAUGGCAGACAGCCCAAGGAGGUGCUGCCCAUGAGAGUGCCCCCUGGGAAUGGCACCAAUGACUCCACAGGCACCUCCUCAGCUCCAGGGAGCUGCCCCAAUCCAGGGGGCCCAACCACCCUCUUGCACUCCUUGCCCAGCCAAGGGCAGCUGGUCCCACCCCCCCUCCAAGAACCCAGCCCCGAUGGUGAAGGAGAAGAUGGUGGACAGGACUGUCCUCUUGCAGAAAAAGGUCAAAGACGUCAGCGUUCAAACUGUCCUGCCCAAUGCCACCAGUCCUGGAAAUGAGAACUGUGCUUGUGGCGAGCCAGCGCUGCCCCCUGCUCGCAGCUCCCAAGCCAUUGCCGAGAAGCUGGAUGCUGUACAGGCAGAGAUGCAGAAGCUGAGCCAGGCCCUGCAGGCGGUACUGGAGCGGCAGUGCCGCCUGGAACGGCAGCAGGAGCAGCAGCAGCGGCUGCAGCAGGAGGUGCUGGCGACGCUGCAGCAGCUCAGCUCCGGCGUGAGCCAUGGCGCUGUGCUGGCUAACCAGCCCUGUGUGCCCUUCAGCAGCGUGGCCGAGCCCUCGCCCGUUGUGCCAAACUUCAGCCAGUUCAAGAUGGAGCUCAUCUGACCCCAGGCUACACCAGCGUGCCCUAGCAGUGCUGCGCCGGUGGCAGGAUGGAGCUGUGGAGAAGCAGCACCUCGCAGGGCUGUGGCAGCCUUCUAACCAUUAUGUGAGGCACCUGGCAAAGAGGGUCACUGCCUCCUGUUCUCAGCCCUGUUGACUGAAAGCGGCUGCCUGGCGCAAGAGGCAGGGCAAAAGGAAAGCUGAGGCCUCAUCCCUGUGCUGCCCAUCCUGGCUGGCACCACAGCUGGCUGGUGGCCCAUGGACUUCAGCAGCACAGGCAGGCUGCCUGCAAGUAGAAGAUGCAACUAAGGCACGGCAGGGAGAUGGGUCCCAAAGAAAAUGAGAAGCUUCCUCUCAUGAGGGUCAGUGCUGUGAUGAUGCAUCCCAGGAACGCUCUGUGCUCCCCCUCUGUCUGCAGUAAACGUCUCUGUACCCCUUGGUUCACAACA